AUGGGACUUGUGGCAGCACUUUUGGUGCUGGGACUGUCCGCCUCCUUUGGCACCGCCAGCGCCUGCAAUGGCAACUCUGGGUUUUGUGAUCUGCCCCUGACGCAGGUCACCUUUGCUGCAACACACAAUGCUGGGGCCUUCUCGCUGGACAUCCCUGACCUCAUAGACGCAAACGUGCCAGGGGUCGAUGUGAACGAUGCUCUGAAGUGCGUCUAUGAGAACCAUGACAAGAACUUCAGGGAGCAGCUGGACUUUGGCAUCAGGGCCUUCAACUUGGACCUAUGCUCCAAGGAGACGGAGCCGGGUGUCCUCUUCAAUUGCCAUGGCGUUCCGCCCGCCUACGGCAAGCCGUUCACGAACAGCCUCGAGACAUUCACCGGCUGGCUGAGAACAAACUCCGAGGAGGUCGUCAUCAUGUGGCCUGGCAACCUAAAGAUUGGCUCGAAUGCCGCUUCGCAGUGGGAAGCGCUCAUGGGCAAUCACUUCGGCGAGGCGGGCGCGUGCCUCCAUGUUACUGCGACCACGAAUGCCUCCGCAUGGUCGCGCAGGGAUCAAGCUUCAUGCAUCCUUGUGCAGGGGAGGCCCAACGAGAACAUCACUCUGGGGCAUCUUGUGGAGAGCAAUCUCAGGGUCGUCGUGUGGGAUUUCUACUGGAAGGAGUGGGUGAACAACAGCUACGACCCGUUCGUGAACCCAGGCGCAACCUCUGAGAGCCUCUUGGCCGACUUUCAGAAGUACGGCCGAGGUGAGAAGAACGUGCUGCCGGAGGCCGUGCUGGCCUUCAACGUGAUUGGAGCUCCCAAGUUACCCAGCCCAGCGAAGUUCAACCAGUGCAAAGAUGUGUUUUGCCAGAUCAAGGAGGCAGAGAUCAUGGUCGAUGAGUUGGAGCUCUCUUGUAUCAAGACCCUGUCCAGAAGGUACAACAAGGACCUCGUUCAAGACGACGCUCAGCCUCACAAGUACAAGGCGGAGGAGACGUGCCCAGAAUUCUCAUGCGGAUGUCUGGGAUACAUCUCGCCCCUGGAGGUUGUGCACCAAGAGCUACUUACGUUGGGCCAUUCUCUCCAUGCCGUCGCUAUUGACUACCCUGGAAUCGGGAGGUCCAGCGUGACAGACUUGGCACGGCGGAUGAACGAGGCCACUCUUCGGCACCGCCUCGGAUCUCCUGAGCUGGGGGCCGACUGGUGGUCUUGUCAUCGGCAGCCGGUGCUCAUGGCGGUGGCCAUCCCCUGCUCUUUGGUCUUGCUGGCUCUAGUCUGUUGCUUGCUGCGGAGAUGGUACCUGCGUGCCCAGCAGAGGGUGGAAGAGAAGAAGAGGGCCCGAAAGGAAGCCGCCAGUGCACGCAUGCAGGAGACGGGCUUCAUGGGCGCCACGGACCAUGGUUACCCUGGUUACCCAGGCCAGAUGCAGCCCAGUAACCCUACCUGGGAGAUGCAAGUGCCUCAGAUGGCCCCUACGUGGCCGGCACAGAACCAACAGCCAGGUUGGCAACUGCAGGGAACGGUACCCCAACAGAUUCCACCAGGAGUCAGGGUGGCCCCCAGUGCCGGCGCUGGCUUGAAGCAGCCUUUCCAGAAACUUCACGAAACGGAGUGA